AUGGCGAAUUCUGCUGACGCUAUAGAGACUGACCUCUCUGCACUGUUCGACCGGUAUCCGGACAUUAACUUUGACACGACGGGAGAUGGCGUCGCAAGCUCUGCAAUCAGCGAGCAUUUCUCGUCGCCAUGUUCAAACGCCACAGACCACGAUGAUACCCCCGUCUCGAACGACUCGGUUUCCACCGCCCACACCACACCGCUUCGGCCAAGCCUAUGCUCUGCUGCGGCAUUGGAGUUUCCGACAUUAGAACUCUUCCUCGAACAACUCGCCGUGGCUGAUCUCCCGGUGACAUGCAAGGAAGCGUUCGAGAGCCUUGCACAAGAUGUAGCUGGGCUGGGUUCGUUAUUGGGGCCUACCAAAGGUGAUCAUCCUGGGGGUUACGCCGCAUGCAACAAACAAAAGAUACUCGAGCAGAUCCGGUUGUUGGCUGCUCGGCUUCAGCAAUCAGUUGACAAUGUCACGGACAAUAUCAACAACGUCGACUUUGUCAAGACGCGGGCUCCAUUUACCGCUGAGCCUUCAGAGCAAGAUCUUUGGUGCAUCUAUCGACAACGCGCCGUACUUAUUGCAUGGUACGCAGCCUUGCCCUGCCGGACAGAGCAGACGAUGUUGGAAGAUCUGACACAUAUCUUUGAUUGCUAUGUUUAUCACCCCUUUCUGCAGCUUCUAGGCAUGGAAGACGUUGAUAGCGAUGUGCAGGAGGCGGUUAAUGGCCUUUAUGACACUCUGAUGACGCUGCUGCACCUCUACGCCAGAUGGAUGAACACCAUGAAAGACAUUAGAGUGGAUCACAUGCGGCCGCUGAUGAGAAGGAUACGGAGGUCUCCACAGGUGCUGGAGGAAAUAUUUGAAGCAGAGCAUCUCGGCGAGAUAGUCAAGGCAUCAAUGGGGGAUUCAGAGGCACCAGGCAUGCAACCAGCUGACGAGAGAGUUAUCCAAGAGCUCAAUCUGAGUAUCGGUCGACGGAGAGCGGCAAUUCCCCCCAGAGCCGGACGGAGAUAUCGACGGGAACACACUGUGUAG